GAAACAGUUUAGUCAUUAUUACAUCGGGCCCCGGGUGGUCCUCGGGCCCCGGGUGGUCCGCGGGCCCCGGUUUGAGCCGCCCUGCAUCAGGCACCACAACAGAUGGAGCUGCGCGCACCUCUGCUGAAGUCAGUCGAGUCCGGUAUCAGAGGCAGCAACUAGGAAGUGCGUUCAUUCCUGAUUCAACACUAAAUACGGCAGUGAACAGGAGCAGAAAUGUCAGCAUCUGCUUCACAGUCAGAGCUGAGGCUGGUGGUGCUGGGCCGGCCCGGGGCAGGAAAGAAAUCAGCAGUCUGCAACAUCCUGGGCCUGCAAGACUCUCAGCAGGACGCAGAUGCUGCAUCCGGCAUCCAGGAGUGCAGCAAACACAGAGGAGAGGCUGCACGCAGACAGGUAGUGGUAGUCUCCAGCCCAGCCUGGUUCGGCUCAGACUGCGACCCAAAGGAAAGGAGAAGGCAUAUAUCCUCCUUUAUCACCUUAUCCAGCCCUGGGCCACAUGCCUUCUUGCUGUGUGUCCCUGUGAACCAGCCAGCUGAUGAAGAGGCCAAGGCGCUGGAUGUCCUGGAGGAGCUGUUUGGCUCCUCUGCAGUCAGCAGAAACACCAUCGUACUCUUCACCCACACUGAGGAGCUGGAGGAGGACGAGCAGCUGGAGGAAUACCUUGUCACGUGGCGCAAGGACCUCCUGGAGCUGGUGAAAAGAUGCGGUGACCGCUACCACACCCUUGAAACCCGCAGUAGAGAACCAGAGGAGAGGAAAGCUGUUGAGGAGCUGCUGGAGAAGGUUGAGCAGGUAGUGAGAGAGAGCGGGACACAACACUUCAGCUGCCCUCUGUACCAGGACGCUGAGGAAAGAGUGAGAGAGAGGCAGGAAGAGAUAGUGAGACAGAGGAGAGGAAACCAGCUCAAUAGCCAGGCGUCUCCCCCAGACUCACCACCAGAGGAAAAUGUGACAGAAGAAGAAAUGGAAGCAGUCCGGGAAGAGGCAGAGAGGAGCACAGAUGGCUUGAAUGUGGAUAUAGAUAGUAUUUUCCCCUCUUCCAGUGUCUUACCUUCCUCCCCUGCUCCGUCUUUUCUCGGGGGCUUGUGGGAGAAGCUGACGGCCUGGAUGAGGUGGCUGCUCACACUGGUGAGAAUGGAGGCCCUGCUGGGAUCGCUGGUUGGCCUGUUUGUGGGAGGGCCGUUAGGAGGUAUGAUGGGAGCCACUGUGGGAUCAGUGGCUACUGAGGUGGGAAAAAGAAAAACGCUGGAAAAAAAAGAAAAAAAAGAGAGAUAAUCGCAUAUGAAUGUAUUAUGCAUUAUUUUCUAUUUCAGAAUGGGCACUCUCUAAUAUUACCCAUUAACCCAUUAUUAAGAACCUCUUGUAUAACUUGCUCUGUCUUUUCAGUUAGCUUAGUUAUUAAUCUUAUGGCUUAACUUAGUUACUGAACAAGUUCUAAAUGUAAAUGAUUAAUUAAAGGUCCAGUAUGUAACAUUUAGGAGUAGCUAUAGUAGCAAAGUGUGUUUUCAUUAGUGUAUAAUCGCCUGAAAAUAAGAAUUGUUGUUUUUUCAUUAUAAGACGUUUUUAUCUACAGAGGGAGCAGGUCGCCAUGUUGCACCGCCAUGUUUCUACAGUAGCCCAGAAUGGACAAACCAAUCACUGGCCUGUAGAUAUGGCCUUUCACGUUUUUUGCAGCCACCGUAAUUUCUCCUACACGCUUGGAAGGGGAUGGUGAUGCGAGCGAUAUUCGAAUGGUUGCAAACUGCAAUUUCAACGCUAGAUGCCACUAAAUCUUACAAAUUGGACCUUUAAGUUGUCUUCCACAACAGUGCUCCAUUGAGUCAGCAGAUGUAAAUGUUGUUAAACCUGCAAUAACUGAUUUUUUGGCCACUUGGGGGCAGCAGAAACACUGACAUAUUACCUACCACCUUUUAAGUUGAUAUGAAAAAUAUGUUAGCAAGCAGUUGCCUAUUUACUCAUUCAGCAGAUAUGUAACAACAUUAGCAUUCAUUUGGAGUCAUGUCAGCCAACUGAUUAAUGUGAGUCCAAUAUUCACUCCCUUUUUAGCGCUGUUUUUUUAAUCUCUUCUAACUCCUGCUAGAAAUAUCUGGCUCUUUAGCUGCUAAAUGCUCCACUAUGUUCACCAGCUAGUUGCUAACUUUGUUUGCUGUUCAGUGUUGAGUAGGUUGUGUACAGUGGGUGUUUAGGGCCUGUUGCAGCAAAAAAUGACGCUAUGAAAGCAGUGACAGUGAACCAAAACAAUAAAGUUGUGGGCCCGAAACCAAAACAAUGAGCUGAAAAACACUAAAAAGCUCCAUAGAGCUGAGAGGAACUGCAGAGUCAGGUGAUAAGACUCUGUGGGUUUAUCAUUAUGAGGGAGCCCUUCCACAUAGAAGUAGUGAUUUUAUCCAUUAUUAAUAUAAAAAUAUUGAUUAGUGCAGCUUUAACUAAAAACUAAAAAGCAAAUGUCAUACUGUAGGAGGAUAUACACUAGCCAAAUAGAGUUUCAUAAGUUGUCCUUAUGAGUGGAUUAUUAGUGAUCCAUAAAGAAAUAAUACAUUAUUUAUUAACCAUUAAAAUGUUAACAGUAACAAAUGAGGCCCUUUUAGGCUUUUUAGAAAGUUGUAAUGCAGAUGGUUGCUGGUUUUGUAAAGCAGUAAUACUGAGAAACAUCCACAUGGUGGAGACACUGGCCGUUAUAUUGGAGAUGUUUAAAUGUUUGAGGUGAACUGAGAGAUACUUAUUUACUGCUUACCAAGCAAAUAAAAGCUGCUGUUUUAA